AUGGUCUUUAAAAGAAAGAGCCAUCAUCACCUACAGAGAUGCUCCAAUGAUCUGUCUCUGGCUGAUGUUUUGCUCAGUACCAGUAUUACUCCAAAUUUCUUGUGGUUAUUACUGAAUGGAGGGGGCACAAUAUCUGCUACUGGUUGUAUCACACAGUUUUUCUUCUAUGGUGUUUAAGUAGUUUCGGAAUUUUUCCUCCUCACAGCCAUGGCCUAUGACCGAUAUCUGGCCAUCUGCUCCCCACUUCAUUAUGCCUCCAUUAUGGGUUUCAGGCUUUGCCUCUAUAUGAGUCUGAGUUCUUGGGGCUUAGCCCUUAUAAUAAGUUUGGUUAUGAAUCUUCUGACAUUUAAUUUGCAGUUCUGUGGCCCAUUUGUUAUAGAUCAUUAUUUCUGUGACUUUACCCCUCUUCUUAAACUUUCCUGCACAGAUUAUAAAGCCGUGGAAUUAACAGAUAUUAUUGUGGGCAUACCUUUUACUCUGCUCCCUUUAUGCUUUAUAAUUUACACUUAUGUUUCCAUUGGCCUUGCCAUUCUCAGGAUCUCCUCUACUGAAGGAAGACACAAAGCCUUCUCCACUUGCAGCUCCCAUUUAAUAGUUGUGUGCAUGUACUAUGGGACUCUGAUAAUAGUUUAUAUAUUACCAUCCAAGGGCCAUAACUUCAAUAUCAAUAAAAUGCUGUCCCUUCUAUACACAGUCGGAACCCCAUUUUCUAAUCCAAUCAUAUACAGCCUGAGAAACAAUGAGAUUAAAAAUUCUUUUUGGAAGUAUAUGUCGAAGCGGUUAGAGAAGCGUUGGACCUUGCCUGGGGCCAAGAAGAAAUCUCAGACUUUCCCAUUUCAUGAAGAAGUGAGAGCACUCAUCAAGGAUGAGUGGGAGGUGGUCUCCAGAAGGUCCGCAACGCAAUCUAAAUUCCGGAGGCUCUACCCCUUCAAAGAGGAAGAUCUAAAGGAUCUUUGUACCAUACCAGCAGUGGAUGCUCCUAUAGUCAACCUGGCAAAGAAUAUAGUUCUUCCAAUAGACGAUCUCUCAUCCUUGAAGGACACAAUGGAUCAACGUAUAGAAGCAGAUCUCAAAAGAGCUUUUUUGUGUGCAGGAGAAGCAGCAAGGCCAGCAGUGGCAUGCAUAUCUGUAGCCAAAGGCAUGGAAGUGUGGUUGAAAGGCAUAGAGUUGGCUCUCAAGAAUGGAUAG